AUGUCCUCCAAGCGCUCCAUGCCGAUGCUCCGAGUCGCCUUGCGUAACCGCCACCAAUUUGUUUGUCUCUGCCGUGCUCCCUUCUCGACUGGGGAUGACGACGACGAUGAAGAGGAACACGAGGACGAGGACGAGGACGGCGUCGAGACAGAGAAGGCUCAGAAGUCCGAGAAAGAGCCGCGAGCCCGGUGCGACGCGGGCAAGACAUGCCUCUGCAACAAGCCUGCCGAGGAACAUCCGGAUCAUGUAUGGAAAGCACAGAUUCUUCGACCUGCGUGCCUAUUGUGCGUUGCGAAACCCGGACUGCUUCCGCAUGUACACGUCAAUGACCACUCGAUGUACGGCGUCCUCGAGGUCAUUCAGAUUCUCAUCCUCGAUUUCGACGAGGCAGCAGGCGACUACAAAGAGCAAUGGGCCGUCUGUGAGGCGCUUGCCUUCUUCCUCCAGGACGAGGGAAUGGAACUGACGCAGAUUGAGGACGGCGACCUCGCUGAUGCGACCUUCUUGUUCUGCGGUCGUAUGUUCAUGUCCAUGCCGGCUACUUUGGAGCGCGAGCACCUCUUAAAGAAGGACUCGGAAAUUAAGAACCUGGGCCAGAUCAUGUCCCUAUUCAAGGACAUAGCGAUCGCACUAAGGAAUUACGGUAUUCUGGAAGACAGCAACAAGGAAGCGUUGGGUCCCGUCUCCGACAAGAAGUCUUGGAUUCCCCACGCCUAUGAGAACCAGAUCUACGCCUAUGCUCUCAAGUAUGGAAUCGAGCUGGUUCCAGUAGGGAAGGGGUCCAGGGCCACCAGCGAGCUCAAAGGAGACAGCGAUCUCCCCGUUCCGGAGUCCAACACUGGAGGAAAAGCUGACCCAACUUCGAAGACCCCCAUUGGGGGCGACCUCUUGGACAUCACCACCUGGAGCAGCAGCGAGCGCAAGGCCAAGAACUUCAACAAAAAGGACCCCCUUGGCAAGAAGGAGCUCGAUGCCCUCAAGCAGGGCAUGGUCAUGUCGUGGGAAUAA